CCAACCAAAACCUUCUCUAUUAAGAAUAAUCCAAUAACAACCUCUCUCUCUCUCUCUCUCUCUCUCUCUCUCUCUCUAUUUCUCUCUUUACAUGAAAAUAUGGCUGAAGUGAGAAAAGGUGAAGAAAAUCAAGGGAUUAAGCUAUUUGGCACAACAAUAAAAUUGCAUGGUGAAGAAUUAAAAGAAGGUGAAAAAGAAAGUGAAGAUCAAACGGUGGAGAAGAAGAUAGAAAAGAUCAUACCAUGUCCAAGAUGCAAGAGUAUGGAAACUAAAUUUUGUUAUUUCAAUAAUUACAACGUUAAUCAACCAAGACAUUUUUGUAAGAGUUGUCAAAGGUACUGGACGGCUGGUGGGGCCCUGCGUAACGUUCCGGUUGGAGCUGGUCGUCGGAAGGCCAAGCCACCCGGUCACGAGGAUAGUGGUUCACCGGAAAGUUGUCUCUACGAAGCUGCUAGUUCUGAUGAUGGCCAUAACUACUUAGGGUUAGAACAAUUUAUGCCUCCUCAGAGUGAUUUUCGGGAAGUAUUUUCCGGCAAACGGCGGAGGAAGACCUCAGGUGGUUAUUCAUUAGCAUCCUCCUUGUGAUUUCUUGUUCUUUACACGAUUAUAUAUAAUAUAAAGUAUGGAUGGAGAAGAAACCAUUUUCCUCCCAUGUGAAUUUUACGUAUUAGAAGUUUAGAACGGAUUGAAAAGCUAAACUACAUGUAACAUGUAUAUAUAUUUUUCCUAUUCUCAAUUGAACUUGGUGCAAAAGAGAAAUAAAUUUGAACUUAGUGCAAGCUUGAUGGUUACUUUGGUAUAACCACUUAA